GCCGGGGCCGGGGCCGGGGCCGGGGCCGGGGCAGCGGCAGCGGCGCGGCGAGACGGGGACGAGACGGGGGAUCUGCGAGCCCAUAAGUCUUAAUUAAUUUAUCGUAUCUGUGCUUAAUUCUUUUUUUUUUUUUUUGACCGGGGCCCCAAUCUUUUUAGUUCUGUACAUGUGCUUUGUACAUUGAAACACAUUAAUAUUUCUCUCUUUUUCAGAUGUGUGUUCACACCUCUGUUUCUAGAAGAGAAUUGCUGGAAUUGUCAUUGCUGUUUCUGUGAUUUUACUCUUAAUGUGGUUUAGCUUAAAUCCACCUAGAUUACUACAGCUGGAGCCGUGCCCUGAUGACUGGCUGUAUUACAAGAAGAAAUGUUACUAUCAUUCAGGAGCUGCAGCAGAUUGGGAUUCCAGCCAGAAAUUCUGCUCUGCCCAUGGAGCUUCUCUUGCAGUGAUUGACAGCCACCAAGAGCUGAACAUUAUAAUAUAUCGAAUGUGUACUACAGAUUUUUGGAUUGGGUUACGCAAGAGAGGAAGUGAAUUCUUCUGGGUGAACGGAGAAUCAUUUGACACAAACUUAGACACAGCAAAACAGGUGGGAAGAGGUGGCAGAACCCCAUUCUGUACUGGCAAAUACUGCUCUCCUGGAUCCUUCCGCUAUACUAUCUCUGCUGCUCUGGAGACUUAUGCCUUUGACAUUCACGUCAUACUGCAGAUUCUGAAGUACAAGCAAACACCACACAUCUCUGCUGGGAACAAAGCAACUUGCUUUAGUAGAAGGAGCAUCACAAUGGGGGGGUGACUUUCAUAUGCAAGUGAAUUUUGUUCCUCUCAACGAUCUGUUGGACCCUUUUAAAAUUGUUCACUAUAAUUUGUUCUCCACAGCUUCAUAGGACCCAGAACAAGAAGCAGGUCUUCUAGCAUCGCCUAAUUUUCAUACCAAAGUUCUGCUCUAAUUUUUAUUUUUCUCCUGGCUUUUUAGAUUUCAUGUAAAUACAUCUGAUGAUGGAGAUUGUGUCCAUAUAGAUUCAGCCUUCAUCUCUACCAGAAGUUGCUCCUCACUCAAGAGUUGGCUUUGCACCCUUGGUCAGUUUAAUCCCAACACCAGCUCACAGUAGAGCACAGCUGGCUGUGUAAGUACAGAGACUUACUCCAUAUGAAGCUGGAAUUCCAAAUGUUGGAACUCUCAGCUGUAGGAGAUCACAGUAUCCACGGAAACAAGAGAAGCAGUGGAGGAGGAUCAUAUCCAAACUUCCCCAAGGUCAGCUGGGAAGCAAUACAGGCAAUAAUAGUGACUCCAUGAAAAGAGCUACUCUGUUUAAAAAGUGGCAGGACCAAGAAGUGAUGAUAAAAUGCCUCUUAUAAAGAACAGAGUUACUUUUGGGGAAUAUGGUUUCAUUGUUGAAACUGCAGGACAUGACAAUGGAUACUUUAUUUGAGGACUCUGACAAUAAGCUUCAGAAUUACAAAACACGAUUACAUGCUACUGUCUUUACAAAGGUGUAACCAUGAGAAGGGCCUUUUGAGCUAGGAAAAUGUGCUAGUCUAGGAACAGAACGCCAAGUUAAGCCCAGAGAACUUCACAGGGAAGGUGAAGAAUCUGGCAUAUAGAUCCUCAGAGAUCUGCAAAGGAGAAACUGCAAACUGCUGCAGAUACCUUUGGUGUUUAUCAAGCAGAUAUACUCCUCUGGAGGGAAAGAAACAGGUGAGACAAGAAACUGGAACAGAGAGCGCAGAGAGGGACAAUAUUUCUUAGUUUCUCAUGAGAGUUCCCCAAGAAAGCACAAGAACAGAAAGGGAAGCAGGUUGUAAGCAACCCUGGAGAGGGUUACAAAUCCCAGAAUUGGGACAUAUUUCCUACCAUGUCACAGGUCAAAGGUCAGUUGAGGGAGUGGGCAUGAACUGCUAGACAGGGUGAGAAGUCCAUUUUGGCAGGUGCUCACCUGUAUUGCUCUGGUAAGAGCUGGAGGGACUGUCCAUGACACUCUUACUCCAAAGAUACAGUUGUCCUCCAUAAUGCUGUGUUGUAAUAUGCCAAUAAAAACUUAAAGGAAUUAUUA